AUGAGUAGAAUAGUUAUAGACAUAUGGAAAAGGUGUGAAGGAACAUGUAGCUGUAGAAAUAAUGACAAGAAUAAAGUGUUCGCAAAGGCAGGAGUUGUAGACUCUAGCUUUGGAUACUGCACCCAUGCAGUUGCUGGAGGUAAUAUAAUAAAGAAGGCAACUUGGAAGGGCCACAAACUCCAGAGGAUAGGGUUCCUUCACGAAUUUGAGGAUGUGGAAUCUAUAACUACUUACUAUCUUACAACCUAUGAUGGUAAACAGGAUCGCAUAAACAAUCCUCUUCUCAUAAGGACCAAAUAUGGUAACAAAACCUGUUGGUAUGAGAAUGCAGGACAUUAUGCUAAUAAGAAAUGGAGGAGGGUUUCUAAGACGGAAUCGGAGGAAUUUCCUGAAGGUGAUAGUAAUUACUCUUAUGUGGAUAAAGAGUUUACAGAUAAACUAAAGAAUCUCACCUGUAUCUUAUGCGGAUUGCAUGGAGUUUACUUAGAUGAAACUAAUGGGUAUCAUGAUACAUGUGAAGUCUGCAAUGAUCAGAUUUUCCUGAACUUUUCCAAACAACAAAAUAUCCUUACCCGGUAUUACCAACACAAGUAUGAUGGCAUUUCUGACAAUUCCGUACUAGUACAUAAAGGAACAAAGCUUGCAUAUAGAAGAGAGUCAUUUAUUGGAGAAAGUUACUAUCUCCUAAUCCAACUUGACAAUAAUGUUAGGGAAGUCUCUGUUUAUUACUGGGAAGGUGAUAGUAGUUGUGAGAAUCCCCUAUUGAUUGAAGUUAAAUACGACUCUGCAGGAACUGAUUGGUAUGAGAAUGUAAGUAGGGAUAAGAAAGGUGAACGAUGGAUACAUGAGAAGUGGAAGCCAUUAUAUAAAGGAGAAAAACUUCCGGAUUUACAGAAAAGACUCGACUCUCUAAACUGUAUAUAUAACGGGACAGCACAAAUAAGAUUCGGAAGUACUGGUUGUCAUGAUCCAGGAUAUGCUACUCUUCAUGAAACAACAAUUAAGAGUUCAUAUAUUCAGGUUAUACAGGAUCCGCUUAUUUACACCCAUGUAUAUGAACCUACCGGAGAAUUUUUUAACAAACCGUUUAAUGUGUCUGAGAUAUACAUAGAGAGUCAGAAGCAGAUAUUCCCGGGACAAGUUAUUCCCAUGAAGGGAGUAAAGAAGCUUACCGCUUACGUCUCACAUUGUGACAGAAAAAAACCCUUUUUAAUUUGCGUUGAGUAUAAUGGUAAAAGUACUGAAUGGUAUGAAAGAACUGACGAUAAGACCUGGGAAGAUUAUAGCAGUUUCGGUGAUGAUCCACCUGAAGAGGUUACAACCAAUAUUAAACAAGCUUUUACUAAUUUAAAACUCAAACUGCGUGUUAAUUGGUGCCUCUCAUCUUCCACGGAUAUUUGGCUUAAAAUUACACAAAGUCCAGAAAAGGGGAGUGGCACUCUGGUAUACAAUUCUAAAGGCACAUCUAUUAUUGUAACUAGGACAGAGAAUAAUCCUGUAGAUGGAUUUUUCAGGAACUUCCAUGAAUCUACUAAGACACCAUUCACUCUAAAACCGGACUUAGGUAGUGGUCAUGAGCUGAGAGGAGUUCUAAAGUCGGGUCUUACAAAUGUACAGAGUGUUCAUGUAUACUUUUUGGAAGGAAAUACUGGUAGGCCAAUAAUUAUAGAGGUCAAAAGAAAUAAUGAGUCUGAUCCGAGAUACUAUAGCAAAGGAAAUAGUCCUAGUGAUUCCUGGUUAUAUGAAGGAAACAAAGGUAAAGAACUUUUGCCUCUUCUUGACCAUUACAAUUGCGAAAACAAUGGCGCAAUUCCUAUAGACCUAAACAAUCCUGCGGAUCUAUCAAACUUUUAUCCUUAUCCUUCUAAAAGAUGUAUAGGUAAUACUAGAAAGGUAAAAUCUGAAACUAUCGGCACUUCCCUUUCCGAAGAUAGUGAUUAUGUUGUGAAUUCAUAUUCUGUUAAUCCACUUGGCACAAAGAUUUCCAGGGUUACAUACGGCGGGCCAAAUAAGACAGUAUUUGUUCUCAAUGAAGAAAUUUCAAGCAUGACGGCAUAUACAUGGAAAGUAAAGUAUAACAUCCCACUAUUGGUUGAAUUUACCGGGAAAUCUGAGAAGCUAUGGUACGAAAAUCUUGGAGAUCCACAACAUAUGAAGUGGAAAAGAGUUCCUAAGAUGGAAUCAGAUAAGUUUUAUGAAGGAGACGAUCCACAACCAUCUCUUACAGAAAAGCUUGAUGAAGUUAACUGUACAGUGAACCGAGUAGUUCAGUUGGAUAUUUCACAACAACCUGGAAAAUACUGUCACAAACACAAGUAUAAGGUUAAAGUUUCCCAAACACCCAAGGAAAACAAGAUUGACGGCUUGGAUGGGUAUGAUCAUACUCCAACAGAUAAAUCUCAUUUCCAUAUUUCGUCUUUCAAGAAUGAUAAGAUUAAGCAAAUUCUCCUUAAAAGCGCUGGCAGGGAACAUAAAGGGGGUUUCCUGAAGGUAAAAAAGGUUACAGUAUACUUUUCUGCCUGUGACGAUACAUAUGUUCCGAUCUUAAUCUACAUACAUGAUAGAAAUGGAAAGGACCGUAGAUGGUUUAGAAGAAUGAAGGCCAACAAUAGAUUCUGGACGGAGGCAGAAAAGCUCAAAAAUCUAACUACAGAAGAAGCAAAAACUAGCAAUAAGCUUAAUGGAGUCAUUAGGAGUAUUGGACAGGACCUAAACAUUAACUGUCUACAAACUCUUCAGAAGAGAAAAGUGAUAAAGGUUAAAAGGAAGAAAAGGGCAAUAUACAAAGGAACAAAACCCGAUGCUGAUGAUGACGACGAAGGGGAUGAAGAUGAGAGACAUACUCAAGAUCACAUCUUAUGGAAUCUUUUUGAUGAAAAUGAAAAGAAAGAAUUUUUGAGGGAUGAGGAACAAGAGGAUAAGGUGACGAAAGGAGUCCAGAUAGAGUAUACCCUUCUAAAGCCUAAUUCUACUUCCUCUACUACUACUCCUACCACUCAACAUUCUGCUACUGAUGAUAAAGAAUCUCUUACUGAACCUGAAGAAGAGGAAUAUGAUGAUAAGGACGGAGGUUCAUCUGUAGGACAAGGUGAUGGACCUCAACCUGCUUCUCCUUCUCAACAAGAAUCUCAAGCUGCUGCUCGAUCCGUAGACACUCAUACUGACACUCCUCAAGGCUCUAAUACUGAUAUAAUGACUCCCUCCAUUAUAGCCUCUUCUGUCCUUACUGUUCCUCCUGCUAUAACCGGGUUUACUUACUGGAUCUACAAGCGCUUUGCUGGAGACCCUUGGGUACGUCAAAUAUGA